AUGGACGCCGUGCCCAUCACAAAAAAGCUGAUAGCCUUCGGCAGCAACAAGAUAUACCUCCCCAAAUUCACGGUUGCGUUUCUUCGCACGCCCCAACUCUCCCCAUACCAUGCCCGCUUCCAGGUCCCGCUAGACUUCUCCAAAUACGACCUCCGCGACUACCUCUACCACGCCUACAACGUCAAAUGCUUCAACAUCCGAUCGUACGUCAAGCAAAUGCCGGUACGGGAUACGCGCGAACAACCACGGCAUUGGUUCCGCGAGGAGUCGAAGAAAUACAUGACAGUAGAGUUGGAGCAGCCAUUCGUCUGGCCUGAGACACCCGACCUCGAACCAUGGGGCAGGAAAGACAGGGAAAGGGAGAUUCGGGACUCUGUGAGGCUCGGCGGGGCAAUUGACCAAAACGACACGCGGGAAGCAGCCAGGACGCUUCGAGAGCAAGUGGAGAAGUUACUACACAAGAACGUUUCCAAGCCGAAUCGUGAGAUACAGAAGAAGAAGGCAGCGGCUAUGGAGCCCACAUCAGAGGAGCUUGAGUCGGAGAUACUGAGGAAGCGGGAGGCGUCAAAUCUAAAGCGCAUGUCAAGAUUAAGGUUGUGGGCGAAGGAGAGGACAGGAAAGACCGUCGAAAGCGACAAGCCCAGGCGGUACGCGAUCAAGGUUUGA